AUGGUUUUGCCCUCCAAGAAGGACCUCAAGAUCUCCCUGGAGGUCUUUUCUGUUUUCCAGUGGACCCUUAGUGUCCUUGUUAUCGUAAUCACCGUGAUCGCCGUCAACCUCUACCUGGUGGUGUUCACGCCGUACUGGCCCAUUACCGUGCUCAUCCUCACCUGGCUGGCUUUUGACUGGAAGACCCCUGAGAGAGGUGGCCGCCGGUUUACCUGCGUGAGGAAAUGGUGCCUGUGGAAACAGUACUGUGAUUACUUCCCACUCAAGCUUCUGAAGACUCAUGAUCUCUCCCCCAGCCUCAACUAUAUCGUCGCCUGCCACCCUCAUGGGAUCAUGUCCCAUUCAUGGUUUGGCCACUUUGCCACAGAGAUGUCAGGCUUCUCCAAGACGUUUCCUGGCAUCACUCCUUAUAUCCUCACAGUGGGGGCCUUUUUCUGGGUGCCUUUCCUCAGAGAAUAUGUCAUGUCUGUAGGGGCCUGCUCUGUGAGCCAAUCCUCCAUUGACUUCCUGCUUACCCGUAGAGGCACAGGCAACAUGCUGAUGGUGGUGGUUGGUGGCCUGGCUGAGUGCAAAUAUGGCCUGCCUGGAUCUACCACUCUGUUCCUGAAGAGCCGCACUGGCUUCAUACGCAUGGCCCUUCGGCAUGGGGUGGCUCUAAUCCCGGCCUACUCCUUUGGGGAGACGGAACUCUACAAUCAGUACAUUUUCACCCCGGGGGGCUUCAUCAAUCGCUUCCAGAAGUGGUUGCAGAGCAUGGUGCACAUCUACCCUUGUGCCUUCUAUGGGCGUGGCCUCACGGAGACCUCCCCAGGCCUUCUGCCCUACGCUCAGCCUGUUACCACCAUUGUUGGGAAGCCUCUACCACUGCCCAAGAUUGAGAACCCAAGCAAUAAGACGGUGGCUAAAUACCAUGCAAUCUAUGUGGAUGCCCUGCGCCAACUGUUUGACCAGUACAAGACCAAGUUUGGCUUCUCAGAGGCCCAAGAGCUGGUGGUAACUUGA